CUCCCCCUUCUUCUUCUUCUUCUUCUUCUUCUUCUUCCUGUUUCUCUACCUAAAAAGCACACAAACGCGCCCUCUCAACAGAAACAGAGGAGGAAAAGAUCAAGAAAAAAGAAAAAAAAAGGAAUAAAAAUCUCUCCUUUUUUUUUGGGUGAUGAAGAAGAUCGAAAGCAAUCAGUGCUGCCGGCGCCGUUAAAUGCAUCAGAAGAAAUCAGAAGCUCAGAUCGGCAAGGAAAGCUACGGUCUCUCCUCCGAUUUCAGCCCCAAUCUCCAAAUUCACAUCGCAAUCCCUAACCCUAACCCUAAUCCCUUCGAUCCUAACCCUAAUCACCAUGUUUCUUCUCCUCUGUCAACCCCCCACAAGCGCCCUAUCAUGACCCCAACGAUCCCAAACCCUAACCCCAGCCCCUUCAACCUUCGCCCUAACCCUAGCUCCAACGGCCCUAGCCCCAAAUUCAUCGCCGCCUCCUCCGCCGCCCUCCGCCACCUCCUCCGGCAGCUCCACGUCCGUGUUCGGUUCCUCCUCCUCCUCUCUUUCCCCUCUCUUUACCUCUUCCUCUCAAAUUCAAGCUCGAACUCUUAUCUUUUAGAUUUCCUCGUUGCUCUUUCGCUUUCUUCAUUGCUAUUGGUCAUCCUUUCCCUUUCGCUUAAUAUCGUCCCGAUCCGUUCUCUCCGCCUCCUCCUCACUCGAUCUUCGUCUCUUAUCCUUCCCCGUUAUCACCGUUACCGCUGCCUUGCCAAAAAGCCCAUCCUUUGGUCCAUCGGAUCCGCGGAGAAGCCCAAAUCGGAUAAGAGGCCCAAUACGGGAUCUUGGGUACAGGUCUAUAACAAUGGGGAUGUGUAUGAGGGUGAGUUUCAUAGAAGGAAGUGUUCCGGGAGCGGGGUGUAUUAUUACUAUAUGAGUGGGAGGUAUGAGGGGGAUUGGGUUGAUGACAAGUAUGAUGGGUAUGGGGUGGAGACCUGGGCGAGGGGGAGUCGAUAUAGAGGGCAGUAUAGGCAGGGGUUGAGACACGGCUUUGGUGUCUAUCGGUUUUAUACGGGGGAUGUGUAUGCCGGUGGGUGGAGUAAUGGGCAGAGCCAUGGCUGUGGUGUUCAUACGUGCGAGGAUGGGAGCCGGUAUGUUGGGGAGUUCAAGUGGGGAGUCAAGCAUGGGCUUGGGCAUUACCACUUCAGGAAUGGUGAUACCUAUUCUGGAGAGUACUUUGCAGACAAAAUGCAUGGUUUUGGAGUUUAUCAUUUUGCAAAUGGGCAUCGAUAUGAGGGAUCAUGGCAUGAAGGAAGAAGGCAAGGCUUGGGAAUGUACACAUUUAGAAAUGGAGAGACCCAAGCAGGUCACUGGCAAAAUGGCAUCCUUGAUACUUUGAGCACACAGAAUACUUUUCCUGGAUCUCCUAUUGCUGUGAAUCACUCCAAGGUACUCAAUGCUGUUCAGGAAGCACGAAGAGCAGCAGAGAAAGCAUUUGAUGUACCAAGUGUAGAUGAGAGGGUCAAUAAAGCAGUGGCCGCAGCAAAUAAAGCAGCCAAUGCAGCGAGAGUUGCAGCUGUCAAGGCUGUACAAAACCGGACUUCUGGCACUAGCGAUGAUAUCCCACUCCCAAUUGUGUGAGACGUCUGCUUCCGCAAUAAUCAGCAUAACGAAAUUACCCUUCAGUAGGAGUUCAGCAGUUUUCCAAAAAAAUUCUCAUCUCUUUUUUUGUGAGCAUUGCUGCGAGAGAAAAUUCCUGCUUUGAGCCGCUUUCAGUCGUCGAAGAUGAUUGAUUCCAGUUGAUAGGCCUUUUUCACUUGUCAUGUUAAUAUGUGAAUAUGAGGAGAGUUUCUUUUCCUUGUGUGAUGGUGCCACUUCUGUCAUUGUAAAUGGGUGUUGUAAAAUGCUGGCAUGUUGGUUGGCCUCCAUGCUAGUUUCCUCUGUUGUACGUCAGGAACCAGGGUAUUCGAUUAAUGUUUGAUAGAGAAAAUUUUAUCUUAUGAGGUCUAUGUUUCCAAUUUUUGUUCGGGACUGUAUGAAGGAUUUGUUAUUUUGUUGGGUUUGAGCUUUAUGUUUGUGUACCAUAACACAAA